AUGGGCAGCCGCAGCACGCUUGAACCCGAGGACGACUACGGCAGCUUCACCGACGAGUACUCGGUUCGCAUUGAAGUCUACGAGACCGAGGUGACAGAUUCUGGAGGCAGCGCGCCGAUCAUCAAAAUCUCGGGCUUGUGCAACACUGAUGACCCUGUGCCUUACUUGAUCGGUCAGCAGUGCCGGUCGCGUUUUGCGACUGCGGAUCAGGCCACCAAAUGCAGUGCCACGCACGUGUACAAAGAUCAACUUCCCAGAUUCCAGUCCUUACAACUGACAGAGAACAAUGAAUACUACCGGGGAUCCGCGAAAAGCACUAGCGUUGAAAAGGACAACAAAGCAGCAUGUCAGACGCGCUGCGUUCCACGAAGCCGUAAAACAACUACGAUUCCAUCUAGACUUUCCCGAAGCUUAUGGGAUGCCGAAAACCAACGGCGCCGACGUAGUGAGUGUACCUACACCCUUGACAGACUUCCUCGCAGCACGUGCAGUUGCGUGGAACGAGUCACACGUCAUCGCCUGCACUGCAUCGAAGAAACCGUGACAACUCGUCAUCUGCCCGCCGUCGAAAGACGAAGACUAGUGCGCCACCACGCGUGCGAAACGUCGCUUCAGGAAGGAUGGGCUUGCACUGACCUUUGUGCCGUGUACCGCAUACUACCCCCUGAAAAAAAUACUACCCCAUGA